UUUGGGGUGCAAAACAGGUGUCAGGGAAGUGUCGUCACGAACCCCGGAAGCCGGAGGAGGUGGGAACAUCAGAGGGAAAGAUGGCAGCGAAAUCCGAUGGUCGCGGGGUCGUCACCGGUUUCGCCCAGCUGCACAAUCUGGACGAGGUGGUGGGGACGGGAGAGGACGACACUCGGGACGGCAGCUCAUUCCACAUCUGUCACUGCUGCAACACUUCGUCGUGCUACUGGGGCUGCCGGAGCGCCUGCCUGCAUUACCUCCGGGGGAAGGGGAAGGGGAAGGGAAGAGAUGCACCGCGACCACCGCAGGAGGAACGCCUCUGGCUGGACUGCCUGUGGAUCAUCCUGGCACUGCUGGUGUUCUUCUGGGACGUGGGGACCGAUUUGUGGCUGGCCAUCGACUAUUAUCACAAACAGGACUUCCUGUGGUCAGGCCUGACCCUGUUCUUCGUGUUGGUGCCCUCGGUUCUGGUGCAGAUCCUGAGCUUCAGGUGGUUUGUCCAGGAUUACACUGGGGGAGGACUUGGCUCCGUGGAGGGGCUGAGUAGUCGUAGAGCUACAGCCAGUUUGCAAAGAGACAGAUGCUGCCGCCUCUCUGUCUGGGUCUGGCAGACCCUCAUACACAUCUUUCAGAUGGGACAAGUGUGGAGAUACAUCCGCACGAUGUACCUCGGCAUUCAAAGCCACCGGCAGAAGGAGAACCAGCGGCGCUUUUACUGGGCUAUGAUGUACGAGUAUGCCGAUGUCAACAUGUUGCGGCUGCUGGAGACUUUCUUAGAAAGCGCCCCUCAGCUGGUGCUGCAGCUCUGCAUCAUGAUCCAGAGCAACAAGGUUGAUUGGCUGCAGUGUCUUUCUGCUGUGUCCUCCCUCCUGUCCCUGGCAUGGGUGCUAGCCUCUUACCACAAGCUUCUGCGUGAUUCACGUGACGACAAGAAGAGCAUGAGUUACCGAGGUGCCCUGGUGCAUCUGUUCUGGCGCCUUUUUACCAUCUCUUCUCGGGUGCUCUCCUUUGCCCUCUUUGCCUCUGUUUUCCACAUCUACUUUGGCAUUUUUGUGGUGCUCCAUUGGUGUGCCAUGGCUUUCUGGGUCAUCCAUGGUGGCACCGAUUUCUGCAUGUCCAAGUGGGAGGAGGUACUGUUUAACAUGGUGGUGGGCGUGGUCUAUGUCUUCUGUUGGUUCAGUGUACGAGAGGGCCGGACACGGUACAGAAUGGUGGCCUAUUACACAGUAGUACUGUUAGAAAAUGCCAUCCUCAGCUCCCUUUGGUAUGCGUAUCGCGACCCAGCCACCACUGACGCCUAUGCCUCUUUUGCCCUCUGCGGCGUCUUCCUGUGCUUUGCCUCAGGUGUGGCCUGUAUGGUUCUAUAUUAUGGGGUCCUACACCCCAUGGGCCCCCGACUGAGGGUGCUAGCCAGCUCCUGCUGUGCUGAGCUGUUGUGGGGCCUUCCGUUACCCCCUGAAGCUGAGCCAAUGGCUCCCACACCAGGGCCCCGUGGCUCCCAGGCCACUCCCACACGGGGUCUGGCAGGGGAACAUGUGGAGUCAGAUGAAACAGCCACGGACACCUGCCUUCCGGUUUUCCAGGUGAGGUCCACAGAGCCUGUGGAUGCAGCUGGUAGGCCCAUCCAACCUGAGGGUCCACUCAUCAAGAUAGACAUGCCCAGAAAACGUUACCCAGCCUGGGAUGCGCACUUUGUGGAUCGGCGCCUGCGCAGGACCAUAAAUGUGCUUCAGUAUGUUAGCCCUAAUGCGGUGGGCAUCAGGUAUAGGGACGGUCCACUUCUUUAUGAACUCCUGCAGUAUGAAUCCUCCCUCUGAAGGCAUCUCCCACAGCUUUGUCAUCCUCUCGUCCACACUAUGAUACACAGGCUUUUCUUUUCUCUCAUUUCUCCCCUUUCCUUCUCUCCAGAUAUUAUCUCUUUCCAUUCUGCAUUUCAAC